UGUUUUGUGACUGAGCGUGCAUUUUAGCAUUUGAGUCACUUUUCAAAAGUUUCUAAAAGUUCCAAAUAAAUGUUUUAAAGUAGCUAAAUUUGUUUCUAGGUGCUGUUUGAAAAAAAGUUGCCAUGGUAGUCUAAAAAGUUGCUAAAUCUACCAACACAAUUGCUAAAUUGGCAUCACUGCAGAAUUCACCAAGGUUCUCAUCUCUCGUUUCAUGAUGGGCAUGACCAUGCAGCCUACAUCAUGGAGGGGGGUAGGCUAUGCUUGGUUUUUAAUCAAAUAAAACGAAAUGGGCAAGAAAUGUGCUUUUUAUGUCUCUAAAUAUGAAGUAUACUGGCACCAAAAGCACAUUACUCUACUCUUGUUCCAUUGCACAUAUGAGCAGUGUGUAUCACAGCUGGAUAGGCUGCGUUUCCGCAGUCAAAAUUCAAGCCAUUACCAACUGCGUUACCUCUAAAACCAGCUUUUGGUUGGCCUUAAAUAUCCCUAUCAGCGCUGCCGGAAAUUAGCACUUUGGGUCAAGUUUUUAAGGACAUGCCUAAAAUACACCCGCUCAUCUGAGCUGUUAUAAAACAGUACCUCCCCCUCAGACCAGGAUGUUUGCUGGAGAGACCUCACUCUGUCCUGGCUGUGAAAAAGUGGUCUAUUUUGCAGAGAAGGUGAUGUCCCUGGGUAGGAACUGGCACCGACCCUGCCUGCGCUGUGAGAGGUGUAAGAAGACACUGACCUCUGGUGGACAUGCUGAGCAUGAAGGGAUACCUUAUUGCCACGUCCCUUGCUACGGCAUCCUGUAUGGACCAAAAGGAGUGAACAUCGGCAAGGUGGGCUGUUACGUCUAUGAGAAAGAAGACAUGGAGCAAACUGAAAUACCCAGCCAGUCCUAACCACACACUAAAAGUGAGAAGAAUGGGGUUUCUGUUUGAUUAGGGUCAUUUCAGUGACUGAAUUGAGUGACUGAAGUGAUUCACUGACUGAAUUUGACAGGUAUUGCAAUGGAACCGACCACAUGCUUGCUGAUAAACAUGAGGUAUUUUUGUGUGUAUUUUUACAUAUUGUUUGUAUAACAUAAUAAUGUUUCAGAAUAUUUAAAUCACUUUUGCUACCUGCUAAGCACACAGAUUUAUAAAAUAUAUAUCUAACAACAGGUUCAUAUCCAAUAUUAAAGAUUGAUUGCAUACAUUUGUCAAUGGUUAUGGUGAGGAAGAAUGCAUAAAGAGUUAUGAUACGUUAUCAAAGAUAAUAUUUUGUUCCUCAUUCAUAUGAAACAGAAAGGAGUCUUUACUAAAUAAGAUAAUGCAGUAUUGGAAUUGAGUGGAAAAUUAGAAUUUGUAUAGGAGGAAUAAAAUGAAUUAUGCUUG